UGUUUCCUGGCCUGGGGAAAGGCUUAGGAGGCUUGAAUGGAUAUCCAUCAGGCUCAACUUCCCGUUUCCCCCACAGGCUACGGCCCCCGCAGUGGUCUAGGAGCAGGAUUCCGCAAUGGGCAUGGGCUAGAAGCCCAGCCAGGCUUUGGAAAGGGGGUGAAACCCCAGAAGCCAGGAUAUGGAAAUGGGCUGGGAGCUGGUGCCUUCCCAGGGCUGGGAGCCCAGGCAGGCCCCGCUCAGAACGGCCAGGGACCAGGAAUUGGAGGGAGCGUGAAACCUCAAAAGCCUGGACUCAGCAGCGGGAAUGGGCUGGGAGCUGGGGCCUUCCCAGGAGUUGGAGCCCAGCCAGGCUUAGGAGGGGGCAUGAAACCUCAGAAACCAGGUCUGGGAGGGGGUUUGAAACCUCAGAAGCCAGGAUAUGGCAAUGGCAAUGGGCUGGGGGCCCAGCCAGGUCCCUGCAGUGGUGGGGUCCCUCCACGGCUUCUUGCCAGGCUCACUCCAGGGAUCCCUUGCGAUAAAGCAGGUGGCUGGGGCCUGAAAUCCCAGCCCCCUCCCCCAGUGCAGAACAGCAAGUUCCCAGGGUACCAGCCUCUGAAUGGCUACAGACCAGGAGCAGAACUGGGCUUUGGUGGUGGCCUCAAGCCCCAGAAAGUCGGUUUUGGUUACAGGAAUGGUGGUCUGGGAGCCGGGGUCUUCCCUGAGGCCCGCGCACAGCCAGGGUUCCCUGGGACUGAUGGCUUUUGGAAUGGGUAUGAGAGGGCAGCAGUUGUGCGCCCCAAUGUGGCUGCUCCAGCCCCUGGAGGAAAUGGUCAGGCCGGGGCCCCGAGGGGCUCUCCCUGGCCCUCCCUCCAGCCCUGGGGGGCCAACUUGAGGCCUAGAUAUGGGGCCGGAGGUGCAUAUCCAGAGGUCAGGAGCCAGCCAGGGCCCUGUGGGCAGCUGUGGCCAGAGCUGGGCCCUGGGCCCUUAGGGGGCCCUGAGGUGAAGCGAGGCAGCAAUGGCCUGAUGGGAAAUGGCUAUGGAGGCUGCUGCCCUCUUGGGAAAUGCUGAGCACCAGAGCAGAUUUACUGCCCACCCUGAGCGCCUCU